AUCGGCGUCGCCAUCUCCGGAGUGCCACGCCUAGGAGCUAUUCUCUCUAGUACUGCGGCGACUUCACUCCAAGCCUCCCCCUUCAGCGAUCAGCACACAUCACGUAAAGCGCAACCAAAUGAUUUCCACCACCGUCGCUGCUCACCCCGCCACCGUCACAGCGCUGCGGCGAAGGUACCCGCUUCGCCCUCGCCAGCCACUCUGUGCUCCAAUCUUCACGGCGGCGACGAGGCAGUGCAUGGCUACGGCGAAGCCCUCGGUCACAAACGCGCUCGCUAACCUAUCCGUUGAGAGCGCCCCCGCGGCGCUUCCCAAGCUUUCGUUCCCGAUACUGGUGAAUAGUUGCACUGGGAAAAUGGGGAAGGCUGUUGCUGAAGCAGCUGUCUCGGCUGGUCUUCAGUUAGUUCCUGUAUCAUUCAGUGCCAUUGAGGUCCCUGAUCGAAAGAUUGAAAUAUGUGAUAGAGAAAUUUUUAUUCAUGACCCAUCUGAAAGUGAAAAAAUUCUGCCUACCAUUGUUAAAGAAUACCCAAAUGUCAUAGUUGUAGAUUACACUGUGCCUGAUGCUGUUAAUGCAAAUGCUGAACUCUAUUGCAAAUUUGGUUUGCCAUUUGUAAUGGGCACAACUGGUGGAAAUAGGCAACUCUUGCACAAAACUGUGCAUGAUGCGAAUAUCUACGCUGUGAUAUCCCCUCAGAUGGGGAAGCAGGUUGUUGCUUUUCUUGCUGCCAUGGAAAUUAUGUCAGAGCAAUUUCCUGGUGCAUUUUCAGGUUACAAGCUGGAGGUCAUGGAGUCUCAUCAAGCAACAAAAUUGGACAUUUCUGGGACUGCCAAGGCUGUUAUCUCUUGUUUUCAGAAGUUGGGUGUAUCGUUUGACAUGAAUGAGGUAAAGCAAGUUAGGGAUCCUGAGGAGCAGGUAACGUUAGUGGGUGUCCCAGAAGAACAUCUCGGGGGCCAUGCCUUCCACAUGUACCAUCUCACUUCGCCUGAUGGGACAGUUUCGUUUGAGUUCCAGCACAAUGUAUGUGGCCGUUCAAUAUACGCAGAAGGAACUGUUGAUGCAGCUAUGUUUCUCUACACAAAGAUUCAAUCGGGUGCGAGCAAGAAAUUGUAUGACAUGAUUGAUGUCUUGAGAGAAGGGAACAUGAGAUGAGGUCCAUGUUGGCGUCAGAUGAGCUUUCAUGUACCAAUUUGCAAGCUCAAUUCCACCGUGAAUUAGGUUACUUUUACAAUGUACCCUUCCCAAUUUACCAGUUAACUCACUUUCAGUUUUGAAUUGGCUGCUUCAAUGAUGGAAGGUACUCCGUUCCAGAGUGUAUGCAAUUUUAGUUUCUCUAGGUAUAUUGAUUUUGGCGUUUUGCUAUACACCUAUAUGCAAUCUAUAGAUUGUAGUAAAAAAAAUGUAUUCA